AUUCUCUAGGCACUCUGAGAUCAAUUCCCACCAUGGUUGGCUAGCCAGGCCCCGCUUCUCUAACCAAUUUGACCUCCCUUCCUCUAUCCACUCCACAAGACUAGAACAGCAGUACUCGCAUGAAAACCCAGCUCCCCUCCUCCACCUUUUCCCCCUCAUUACCAAGGGCCUCGGACUGCCGCCUCUUCUCACAUGUCAGCCACAGCAUUGCUACAAAAGGCAGCCCAGAUGGGUGCAACCAUGAGCAGACCUCCACAUCAUGGUCAGAUGGUAACUCACACUACCAACGCUACUGUUGCCAAUACUACUGGUACUGGCUUUGGUCUUGGCUUAACCUCCCACCAAGAGAUGGCUGGAGGCGUGGUGGUGGUUUCGGGCAUGGGUCGGCACCUCCCCUUCUCCAAGACAUGAUGAUGAAUUCCCUCCCCUCACCUGCUGGCUUUGGUGGGCCUUUUGAGGAGCCCUUUGGGGUAAUGCUGGGAGCCAAGAGGGAGGAGAACACUACAAUGGAAAGCAUUGCAAGAAGGCAUGGAAGGAAUGAGGAAGGAAGAAGUGCUGGCGCUGGUGGCGGAAAUGAUGGGUUGACUAGAGACUUUUUGGGUCUGAGAGCCUUUUCCCACAGGGAUAUCCUCAUAUGGCUGGGUUCGACCCUUGCAUGAGUUCCUCCUCCUACGAGCAGUCUCAACAAAAUAAGAAACCAUGGCAUGGUUAGCUACUCCACGGAAACUGAUCAUGGAUGGGCUCCAAUUUCAGAAUCUCGAGGAAAAGACCCCAUAGUAACUAUUCUUUACCUAUUUCUUAUCUUUUCCUUUCUGCCAAGGAGGAAUUAAAGCUUGUCCCACAUCUCUAUUUCUCCUCUAGGAUUCACUAUAAGUGAGGUUGAUAUGGCAUUCCAGAUUUAUUGUUGGAUGAAUGUUCUUAUAUUUGUUCUUGUAAUAAUCCUUCUCAUGUGCUCCUACAUUGAAGGUAGAUCCUCCUUGUAAUCAGUAUAGAAUAAUCAAAGUUUUAAUUCGAACUGAAAUAGAGUUGACUAUAA